AUGCGCUGUCACUGCAUCUAUGAUCCAUCACAGCAGCACCAUGGCUGAACAGGAAGCGCCCGCACCCCUGAAAUCUCUCAACUCGUAUGAUCAAACAUUUAUUUCUUUUAUUAAUAAAUCCAACCGGAAUGCCGAAGCAUGGUGGUUAAACUUCUCGGGGAUACCGGUGUCUUACGGCGACAUAAAACCGGGGAAAUCGCUUCAGAUGAAUACAUAUCUGACUCAUCCGUGGAUCUUCAGAGCACCUGACGGAGCCAAACUGCUGGCUAACCUCAGUGAAGUGUACUUUCCAACUCAAGCGCAGUAUAAAGAGUACGGACACCCGCGGUACCAGCCUGUGUAUGUGACUGCACCAGUGUACUCAUUACAAGAAUACUGUGCACGGUUGAUCCGGAGUAUUGUAAGAAAAGAAGACAUCUGCAAGCUGGAAAUCCCCAACGGUUUGAGAAAGGACCUCAGUCGUGAACCCGAUCUACUGAGAGACAUUCAAAUCUUAUCUGCCAAGAGAUCAGUAAAUGGUUCAGACUGACCCAUUUCCUUCCUCCCGAUCAAACAGAAAGCAGAAAUCAUUUUUGAUAUCAGAUAUUUAAAGUGAAAGAAUGCAGAAGCUCAUACUUUCACUUUCAUCGUUUCUUUGAACAUGUGGACAAAGGAACCGGUUUUCAUUUUUUUUGUUGUUGUUCUAUAAUGUUAUUUUAUGCAACGACAGGGAUCAGCACUUUCAUUUAUAUUUCCCAAUAAGCAGUGUUGGGUAAGUUACUUUUAAAAAGUAAUUAAUUAGCUAUUAAUUACAUCUUCAACAGUGUAAUAUAUAUUACUGUAAUAAUUACUCUCAAUAAAAUGUAAUCCCUUACUUUACUAAAUUACAGUAAUUAAUUAACAAGUAAUCUAGUUACACCCACCACUGCUAAUAAGAGCACUGCAGUAUUAGUUUUUUACCUGUUAAACCAAAGUCCCUUUAAGACAAGUCAUUUCACUCGGCGGCCAUCUUUGAAACGCCUCUCGGGCAUCCUGGGCAAAAUGCAAUCUCUUUGAAUGGGGAAACAUCAAAUUCUCCAAAACUGUUCG